AACCAAAAUUAAAAUCUCCCACGGAACUUCACUCUCUCUAUCUCGCGCACUCAGAGAAAAACCUAGUCUUUCUCUAGUCUCUAAAUAAAAAGGUACGCGCGAAAGAAACCCUAGAAUUCAAUUUGCAUUGAUUUAUUGGCUUCAAUUUUUGCAAUAUAUUCAUGAAUUUAUAGAGAUGGUGUAAUCAUAGAUUGAUUGUUGUUAAUUGCGUUAUUGAUUUAUUGGUGGCAAAUGGGGAAAGGAAAACCCAGGGCUGUAGAAAAAGGAGUUUUAGGGCCAAAUUUGAGUUUAUUUUCGUCGUCUUCAUCGGCUUCUUCGUCAUCCGGGUCAUUGCAUGUGCCAUCUGCACCUGUUUAUUACCCUAAUGAAGAGGAAUUUAAGGAUCCAUUAGAGUAUAUUUACAAAAUUAGACCGGAAGCGGAGCCUUAUGGGAUUUGUAAAAUUGUGCCACCAAAUAAUUGGAAACCGCCAUUUGCAUUGAAUUUGGAGAAUUUUAGUUUUCCUACGAAGACUCAGGCUAUUCAUCAGUUGCAAGUGAGGCCGGCGUCUUGUGAUUCCAAGACUUUUGAGUUGGAGUAUAAUAGGUUCUUGGAGGAACAUUGUGGGAAGAAGUUGAAAAGGAGGGUGAUUUUUGAAGGGGACGAGUUGGAUUUGUGUAAAUUGUUUAAUGGAGUGAAGAGGUUCGGUGGCUAUGAUAAGGUCGUGAAGGAGAAGAAGUGGGGUGAGGUUUCGAGGUUUGUUAGGUCUGGGAGGAAGAUUACAGAGUGUGCGAAGCAUGUUUUGUGUCAGUUGUAUCAAGAGCAUUUGUAUGAUUAUGAGGAGUACUAUAAUCGAUUGAAUAAGGGGGUUGCUAGGGGUUGUAAAAGGGGAGUGCGAAAGUGUAAGAAGAGUGAUGAUAGGAUGGAGUUUUCACGUUCAAAAAGGAGGCGGAAGAACAGUGAUGGUGAGAAAGUGAAGGUUUGUAAUAAGGUAGAGGAGGAAGAAGAGCAUGAUCAGAUAUGCGAGCAAUGCAGGAGUGGUUUGCAUGGGGAGGUGAUGCUUUUGUGCGAUAGAUGUAACAAGGGGUGGCAUAUUUAUUGUCUCUCACCGCCAUUAAAACAAGUUCCGCCAGGGAAUUGGUAUUGCUUUGAGUGUUUGAAUUCUGACAAGGAUACUUUUGGUUUUGUCCCUGGCAAGCGCUUCACAGUGGAAGCUUUUAGGCGUCUAGCUGAUCGGGCCAAGAGGAGAUGGUUUGGCUCAGGAUCUACUUCUCGAGUGCAGAUGGAGAAAAAGUUCUGGGAAAUUGUGGAGGGAUCAGCUGGUGACGUUGAAGUUAUGUAUGGUAGUGACUUGGAUACUUCUGUUUAUGGGAGUGGCUUCCCGCGUGUAAAAGAUCAGAGACCAGAAUCAGUUGAGGCUAACUUAUGGGAUGAAUAUUGUGGCAGUCCAUGGAACCUCAAUAAUUUGCCCAAGUUGAAAGGUUCAAUGCUCCAAGCUGUUCAUCAUAACAUUACUGGUGUUAUGGUGCCCUGGCUAUAUGUUGGCAUGCUUUUCUCAUCUUUUUGCUGGCAUUUUGAAGACCACUGUUUUUACUCAAUGAAUUAUCUACAUUGGGGAGAGCCAAAAUGUUGGUACAGUGUUCCAGGUAGUGAAGCUGGUGCUUUUGAGAAGGUGAUGCGCAGUAGUCUUCCUGAUCUCUUUGAUGCACAACCGGAUUUACUCUUCCAGCUUGUAACCAUGCUGAACCCAUCUGUCUUGCAAGAUAAUCGGGUUCCAGUCUAUACUGUACUGCAGGAGCCUGGAAACUUUGUCAUCACUUUUCCCAGGUCUUACCAUGGAGGUUUCAACUUUGGUUUGAAUUGUGCAGAAGCUGUGAAUUUUGCUCCGGCUGACUGGCUACCUUACGGUGGAUUUGGAGCAGAGCUGUAUAAGACUUAUCAUAAGACUGCUGUUUUAUCUCACGAGGAGCUUCUUUGUGUGGUGGCUCAGCAGGGUGAUUUUGAUAGCAAAGCAUCGCCUCAUAUAAAGAAAGAAAUGCUUAGGAUAUACACCAAAGAGAAGUCCUGGAGGGAGAGGAUUUGGAGAAGUGGCAUCAUCAAAUCAUCCCCUAUGCCUCUGCGGAAAUGUCCUGAAUAUGUUGGUACUGAGGAGGAUCCUGCAUGCAUUAUAUGCAAACAAUAUCUUUAUCUUUCUGCAGUUGUUUGCCAUUGUAGGCCAUCCGCAUUUGUCUGUCUGGAGCAUUGGGAGCGUAUCUGUGAAUGUAAAUCCAGAAGACGUCGUCUUCUAUAUCGUCAUACCCUUGCAGAAUUGUCUGAUUUGGUGCUCGCAUCAGAUAGCGAUAGAUUUGAGGAGAGAUCACCAAGUAAUGACUUACGAAGGCAAAUCUCAUGUUCCAAUGAGCUGAAUGUGUUAACGAAGAAGGUCAAGGGGGGGAAUGUCAGCCUGGCUGAACUUGCUGAACAAUGGCUUUCACGUGCCAAAAAGUUUUUUCAGCACCCAUAUUUGGGUGAUGCAUGUGCUACCCUGUUGAAGGAAGCUGAGCAAUUUCUUUGGGCUGGUCCUGAGAUGGAUCCUGUACGAGACAUGGUGAAGAGCUUGAAUGCAGCUCAGAAGUGGGCAGGAGGCAUAAGAGAUUGUCUUUUUAAAGUUCAAAACUGGUCAUCUGGUCACAGCUGUGAUUUGGAGAGAGUGCCUUUGGAAUACAUUGCUGAGUUGCUGAAUAAUGAUCCCGUGCCAUGUAAUGAGCCAGGGCAUCUCAUGUUGAAGGAGCGUGCAGAUGAGGCAUGUCGUUUGGCUCAGGAAAUUGAUUCUGCUCUGUCAUCAUGCUCAGAAAUAUCUGUGCUGGAAUCACUGUACUCGAGAUUUAGUGACUUGCCAAUAUAUAUUAAAGAAAGCAAGAAGCUGUCGAAAAAACUUUCAUCAGCAAAGAUCUGGAUAGACAGUGCAAAGAAAUGCAUAUCAGAGACACAAAGCGCUGCAGUUGACAUUGAUAUUCUCUACAAGCUGAAGUCAGAGAUGUUGGAGCUUCAAAUUCACCUUCCAGAAACAGAAUUGCUUUUGGAUCUAGUAAGGAAAGCUGAAUCAUGUCAGUCUCAGUGCAAGGAAAUCUUGAAAGCUCCAUUUAGUUUAAAGAAUGUUGAAGUGUUGCUUCAAGAAUUCAAGAAUUUUACUGUUAACAUACCGGAGUUGAUGCUUCUGAAGCAAUGCCACAUCAAUGCUGUUUCAUGGAUUUCUCGCUGUAAUGAUGUUUUGGUGAAUCUUCAUGAACGGGAAGAUCAAGAUAAAGUAGUUAAUGAAUUAAAUUGCCUAUUAAAAGAUGCAGCAUCUUCGAGAAUUCAAGUUGAUGAGUUGCCUCUAGUUGAGUUAGAGUUGAAGAAGGCUUGUUGCAGAGUAAAAGUUCUGAAAGCUCGUGAUAUGAAAAUGCCUUUGGACUUCAUUCAGGAACUGAUGAUGGAGGCUUCUGUGCUACAGAUUGAAAAAGAGAAACUGUUUGUUGAUUUGUCUGGAGUAAUUGCAGCUGUGAGGUGUUGGGAGGAAAGAGCCACAAAACUUCUUGCACAGGAAGCUCAAAUGUUGGAUUUUGAGGAUAUUAUAAGGACUUCAGCAGAUAUACCUGUGCUUCUACCCUUGCUAGAUGAUAUUAAAGAUGCUGUAGCAAUGGCUAAGUCCUGGUUAGAGAAUUCUGCGCCAUUUUUGGUUUCUUCUAGUUCCAUGGUAUCUGGCUCUGUUUCUUCACUCAAACUCGAGGUCCUAAAGGAGUUGGUUUCACACUCGAAGUUACUAAAAAUAUCUUUGGAUGAACGAAGAAUGCUUGAAAUGGUUCUGAAGAACUGUGAUGAAUGGCAGCAGGAUGCCAACUCUGCAUUGCAGGAUGCUGGGUGCAUUCUGAGUACAGAUGAUAUUGAUGAUGGAAAGAGCGGUUGUCUUUUUGGAAAAGUUGAACAUUUAGCUACUAAAAUGGAAUCCAUCACUAAAGCUGGUUUAUCUCUGAAUUUUGACUUUGCUGAGAUUCCAAAACUCCAGAAUGCAUGUUCAAUGCUGCGAUGGUGCUCUAGAGCUCUUUCUUUCUGCACCUGUGCUCCUUCUUUGGAGGAUGUUGAGAGUUUGAUGGAGGCUGCAGAAAACCUUUCUGUUAUCGGUGUCUCUGGUACCCUAUGGAGUGCAUUAAUUGAUGGGGUCAAAUGGCUUAGGAAAGCCUUGGGAGUAAUUUCUUUGCCUGGCAAUUUUGAAAGAUUCAAGCUGAGUGAUGCCAAAGUAGUUCUUGCUGAAUCUCAGAGUAUACAAAUCUCCUUUCCUUUGAUGGUCAAUCAAAUUGUAAAUGCCAUUCAUAAACACAAGUUGUGGCUAGAACAAGCUGAACGAUUUUUUAGUCUAAACUCUGAGGAAAGAUCCUGGUCUCUAAUAUUAGAGCUUAAGGAACUGGGGAAGGCUUCAGCAUUUUCUUGUUCAGAGCUAGAUCUGGUUCUAUAUGAAGUUGAAAAGGUUGAAAAGUGGAAGCAACAAUUUGUGGAGAUUAUUGGAAGAUUUGUAGAUGAUAGGAAUUCGUUGUCUGAUGCAUUGCAGAAGGUCAAGCAGUCUCUGGAUAUAUCUCUGAACAUCUAUGGCAAAUCAUGGAGCGCUAAAGCAAGAAUACUAUGCAUGUGCUAUACUGGUUACAACGAAGAAAAAGAUUUUCUCACUUGUUCAAUGUGCAAGGACAGCUACCAUUCGCGGUGCCUUGAUUCAGCACAAGUCAAUCCAAAUAAUGCUGAAGUUUUUAUUUGCCAUUAUUGCCAAUUUUUUUAUGAUGGGUCGAUAUCCCAAAAUGGAGGUGGUCCCCUGAAAAAUGGAGAGAAGCAGCUUGAAUUAAGAAUGCUGAUUGAACUUCUAUCUGAUUCUGAGAAUUUCCCUACAAGGAUUGAAGAAAAGGAUUUAUUACAACAGAUUGUGGACCAAGCUCAUGAAUGCAAAAAAAGCUUGAGAGAAAUAUUGGAUUUUGCAUUAUCUUAUUUGGACAAGGAUCUCACUGUUGUCUGUGAAAAACUAACCAUUGCUUUGAAGGCCACGGAAGUGGCAGGUGUUUGUGAUAAUCAAGAUAAAUGUGACCUUGAACUGGCAUCAGCUAGAAAUUCUUGGAGAGUGAGAGUCAAGAGACUAUUGGAGGAUGCACAGAAGCCUACGAUGCAACAUAUUCAGCGGCACAUGAAAGAGGGACUAGCUAUGAGCAUACCUCCAGAAGAUUACAUAUGGCAGAAACUUGCUGAACUGAAGGACAUUGGCUUGCAGUGGGCAGAUCACGCAAAGAAGGUUGCAACAGAUUCUGGAGCUCUUGGCCUGGAUAAGGUUUUUGAACUUAUUUCAGAGGGUGAAAAUUUGCCUAUAUACUUAGAGAAGGAACUGAAGUUAUUAAGAGCUCGAAGCAUGUUGUACUGCAUUUGCCGAAAACCAUUUGACAGUAGAGUAAAGGUAGCGUGUAAGUUGUGUGGUGAGUGGUACCAUAUUGAUUGUAUCAAGCUACUCACCCCACCAAAGAUCUACUUCUGUGCUGCAUGUGAGCCUCAAACUGAAGGGUUGUCUGUGUCACUACUGGCAGAUCAUGAGAGAUCAACGAGUGCCAAAUCUGUAGAGCCCAAAACACCUUCACCUCGGCACACAAAAUCAAGAAAGAAGCCAGGUGAAACAGAGUCCAAUGUGAUGCAAAAAAUGCUUGCAUUUGAAAACCAAAGUAAUGUAUUUAUCCAUUCUAGUGGGAUUGAUCAAUUGGGGUGGCAGAACCGGAAGCCUCUUAGAAGGGCAGCUAAAAAGCGAACAGAGCUCAAAAUGCUGUCCCAAUUAUUUCAUAGGCAAGGAAAAUAGAUGGCUGUCAAUCAUUUAAUUUAUUCAAUUGAUUCUUAUGGAUGCAGGCCAAUUCUGUUUCCAUCCCAAUUUUCUCCUUUCUAUAAUAAUCAUCUUUUACUCGGAUUAUAA